GGGUUCACGUGCACCCGGGUGAGGAAUGUUGAAAAGGUGCAGAUCAAGAAGCUGAUUAAAGCCUGCCGGAGGAAAGGCAGGAAGAAGGUCCCAUUGGUCGAGACUCAGCUGACCUGCAUGUAUAACUACAUAAAAAAUGACUCAGAUGCCACCAGCUUCGACCUCUAUCCUCCUGACGUGCUGCUGUACUAUGAUUACUCCCUGGUGCCACAGGCCAGCUGCAGGUUCUAUUUUCAACAGCUGGCAGAAGCAGACUUCUCCGUCUUCUCCUCCGUCCUCAGCUACAAACUGACCGCUCUGUUUGCUAAUGCCAGGAGCUGCCUGGGUAUAACAAACACGACAUUGACUGCAGAUACUAUAUCGGUGUUGGGAAACAUGUGCUGCACUCUGGAUGGUACCUACAUCGAGAACUCUGACCCGUCCAUCUUGGAAAAACUCAAGAACUGCCCGGACCUCACCAACGCUCAGGCGGCUGCUGUUGAAGCUCUACUGCAGAGCGGGAAAACACAAGCUCCAUCAACAUGGGACUACCAGACUCUGAAGAACCUCGGGAUGUUACCGCUGUACUUGACCUCAACCUUCUACAGUAACUUUGACAAAAAAACAAAGCAGAUGUUCUUGGAGUACUUCCUUAAAGUUAUCGCGAGCAACGGAGUGGACAGACAGAAGAAGGCGAGAAUGAUGGAAGAAAUAAGAAAGUCCAAUAGAAAACAAGUCAAGUCAAAGCGAUCUAUCGUAAACGGGUGCACUGUUGGAACGAUUACCCAGGUGACCAUCAGCGAUGAGACGUUCCCCUUCAACUAUGACGACAUAACUCAGUUCAACUGCUGCCUCAGCGUCUCGACUGUGAAGGACAACUUGGCAGCCAUCACUAUGAAGGUGGACCAGGUGGAAUACCUCCAGAUUGUUCUCAGCAAGUUGCGAGAGGCUUACGCUGCCAACUCCACUAUCCCAGAAGAUCAGGUUCAGGUCCUAGGCCCAGCGUCCCGUGUGGCGUCCAUUAGUGAAAUCAACCUGUGGACUAUCACUCAGAUCGACACACUCUCUGGUUUGAUGGACCCAUCCAACGGGCCGUGGGACCCAAGUAUGGCUAAGGCCAUCAUCUCUAAGUAUCUGAGUAACGAAGGGAACACACUGGGCAGUGCUGAGCUCAACGCCAUCGGAGGAGCCAACCUUUGCUCCCUGGACGUUGAAGUUUUGAAGAACAUUUCCCAACAAAGCCUUAAAGAGGCUGACGCCCUGAUGGUGUCCAACUGCACCACGGAGAAAAAGGAAGUACUGUUCACCAUCGCCACACAAGCAUUUGCCACAAUGACCCGCUCAACUGUCCCCGUUUCCUCCUACCAGCUCACACAACCUUUCAUCGGGGGUGCAUCUCUAGACUAUGUCCGAAGUUUGGUGCCCUCCAACAUCAACAUGGAUGUGGCUACCUUCACCAGUCUGGAUCCAAACGUUGUACUGAACCUGACUGUUAGUGACAUCCAAGGUCUGCUUGGCUCCAACGUGGCUGAUUUAAAGUCCUAUGAAAACCAAACGCUGGUACAGAACUGGAUCACCAGGCAGUCCCAGACAGAGCUCAACACACUGGGAGUGGGGCUUGUGGGAGGCAGAGCUGCCUCUACAGCCACCACCAUCUCUCCGACAACCACCACCGGCUCCGCAACCAUCACCAACUCUCAGACAACCACCACCGGCCUCGCAACCAUCACCAACUCUCAGACAACCACCACCGGCUCCGCAACCGCCACCAACUCUCAGACAACCACCACCGGCUCCGCAACCGCCACCAACUCUCAGACAACCACCACCAGCUCCCCAACCAUCACCAACUCUCAGACAACCACCACCGGCUCCCCAACCAUCACCAACUCUCCGACAACCACCACCGGCUCCGCAACCAUCACCAACUCUCAGACAACCACCACCGGCCUCGCAACCAUCACCAACUCUCAGACAACCACCACCGGCUCCGCAACCGCCACCAACUCUCAGACAACCACCACCGGCUCCGCAACUGCCACCAACUCUCAGACAACCACCACCAGCUCCCCAACCGCCACCAACUCUCAGACAACCACCACCAGCUCCCCAACCUCCACCAACUCUCAGACAACCACCACCAGCUCCCCAACCAUCAACAACUCUCAGACAACCACCACCAGCUCCCCAACCGUCACCAACUCUCAGACAACCACCACCAGCUCCCCAACCAUCAACAACUCUCAGACAACCACCACCAGCUCCCCAACCGUCACCAACUCUCAGACAACCACCACCAGCUCCCCAACCGUCACCAACUCUCAGACAACCACCACCGGCUCCCCAACCAUCACCAACUCUCAGACAACCACCACCGGCUCCACAACUGCCACCGACUCUCAGACAACCACCACCGGCUCCCCAACCUCCACCAACUCUCAGACAACCACCACCGGCUCCGCAACUGCCACCAACUCUCAGACAACCACCACCAGCUCCCCAACCGCCACCAACUCUCAGACAACCACCACCAGCUCCCCAACCAUCACCAACUCUCAGACAACCAGCUCCUCAACCUUCAGCUCCACUACUAAAACCACCAGUAGCAACACCACCACAGGUAACAAUGGUGCCCGCAUCCGAGCAGAUGGCGACUUCUCCUUCCUUGUUCUUGCGUUCCUCAUUGCUUCUCUUGUAUGAAGAAACGCAUGGCUGAUUAUUGUAGUGGAUACAUAUAUAUAUA